AUGGCGCUGGCCAGGCCACGGACCCGGGACCCCAGGCUCCCGGCCCCUUUCUUGCUGUUGAUGCUGCUCUGGGCCCCUGCCCUUGCCCUCCUGGCUGGAACAGAGCCUUCAGAGGCUCGGAGUGCCUGUGCCUCAGACCCAUGCUCUCCAGGGACCCAGUGCCAGGCUACGGAGAGCGGCUACACCUGCGGGCCCACCGAGCCCCAGGGCUGUGCCACCCAGCCCUGCUACCACGGCGCGCUGUGUGUGCCCCAGGGUCCAGGUCCUAACGACUUCCGCUGUUACUGUGUGCCCGGGUUCCAGGGCCCCCGCUGUGAGUUGGACAUCGAUGAGUGUGCCUCCCGGCCCUGCCACCACGGGGCCACCUGCCGCAACCUGGCCGAUCGAUACGAGUGCCACUGCCCCCUUGACUAUGCAGGCGUGAACUGCGAGGUGGAGGUGGACCAGUGCGCCUCGGCGCCCUGCCUGCACGGGGGCUCGUGCCUGGACGGCGUGGGCUCCUACCGCUGCGUGUGCGCGCCGGGCUACGGGGGCGCCAGCUGCCAGCUGGACCUGGACGAGUGCCAGAGCCAGCCGUGCGCGCACGGGGGCGUGUGCCACGACCUGGUCAACGGGUUCCGGUGCGACUGCGGGGACACGGGCUACGAGGGCGCGCGCUGCGAGCAGGAGGUGCUAGAGUGCGCGUCGGCGCCCUGCGCGCACAACGCCACCUACCUCGAGGGCCUCGGAGGCUUCCGCUGCCUCUGCUGGCCAGGCUACAGCGGCGAGCUGUGUGAGGUGGACGAGGACGAGUGUGCGGCAGGCCCCUGCCAGCACGGGGGCCAAUGCCUGCAGCGCUCCGACCCGGCCCUCUACGGGGGCGCCCAGGCCGCCUUCCCCGGCGCCUUCAGCUUCCGCCGUGCUGCUGGCUUCCUGUGCCGCUGCCCUCCAGGCUUUGAGGGGGACGACUGCAGCGUGGACGUGGACGAGUGUGCCUCCGGGCCAUGCCUCGGUGGAGGCAGCUGCCAAGACCUGCCCAACGGCUUUCGGUGUCACUGUCCAAGUGGCUACACAGGCCUGACGUGUCAGGAGGAAGUGGACGAAUGCCUGUCGGAGCCUUGCCUCCACGGGGGGACCUGUGAUGACAUCACGGCAGGCUACACCUGCCGGUGCCCGGAGGACUGGGGUGGGCAGGACUGUUCUGUGCAGCUCACUGGCUGCCAGGGCCACACUUGCCCACUGGCUGCGACCUGCAUCCCUACCUUUGAGUCUGGAGUCCACAGUUAUGUCUGCCGCUGCCCACCUGGUACCCACGGACCUGCUUGUGGCCAGAAUACCACCUUCUCCAUGGUGGCUGGGAACCCUGUGCGGGCAUCAGUACCAGCCGGUGGGCCCCUGGGUCUGGCACUGAGGUUUCGCACCACCCUACCUGCUGGUGCCCUGGCCACUCGCACUGAUAGCCAGGACAGCUUGGAGCUGGAGCUGGCACUGGCGGCAGCCACACUUCAGGCCACACUCUGGAGCCACGGCAGUCCCGUUCUAGUCCUGAGGCUGCCAGACCUGGCCCUAAAUGAUGACCACUGGCACCGAGUGGAGGUGACACUCCGCCUCGAGGUCCUGGAGCUGCGGCUCUGGCAUGAAGGCUGCCCUGCCCAGCUCUGUGUGGCCUCCAGCUCUGUGCCCCCGGCUCCUACGGCUUCCCCGGCCACGCCGCCUGCCGGGUUCCGCUCUGUCCAGCUGGGUGGUGCAGACUUUGCAGGCUGCCUCCAGGACGUCCAUGUGGAUGGGCACCUCCUGCUGCCUGAAGAUCUUGGGGAGCAUGUCCUCCUAGGCUGCAGGCGCCGUGAGCAGUGUCAGCCUCUGUCCUGUGCCCACGGAGGGGCCUGCGUGGACCUGUGGACUCACUUCCAUUGCGACUGCCCCCGGCCCUACAGUGGACCCACAUGUGCUGAUGAGGUUCCUGCAGCCACAUUCGGCUUGGGGGGCGCCCUGAGUUCUGCAUCCUUCCUGGUCCCUCGGCUGCCAGGCCCCAACCUCACGGUGUCCUUCCUCCUCCGCACUCGGGAACCUGCUGGCCUGCUGCUCCAGCUUGCCGACGACUCGGCAGCUGUCCUGACGGUGUUCCUGAGCGAGGGCCAGAUCCGGGCCGAGGUGCGGGGCGGUCCUGCACUGGUGCUGCCCGGACCCUGGGACGAUGGGCUCCGCCGCCUGGUGACACUCAGCUUCGGGUCUGAGCAGCUGCAGGGCUCGGGGCUGCAGGUGCAUGUGGGUGGGAGACGCCUCCCUGCGGACGCCCAGCCUUGGGGUGGGCCCUUCCGCGGCUGCCUCCAGGACCUGCGACUCAAUGGCCUCCACCUCCCCUUCUUUCCGCUGCCGCUGGGGAACGCAAGCCAGCCCCGCAAGCUGGGCAGCAGGCAGGCCUGGAACCUCACGGCGGGCUGCGUCUCUGAGGACCUGUGCAGGCCCAGCCCCUGUCUCAAUGGUGGGACUUGCCUGGUCACCUGGAAUGACUUUCACUGCACCUGCCCUGCCAACUUCACAGGGCCCACGUGUGCCCAGCAGCUGUGGUGUCCUGGCCAGCCCUGCCUCCCGCCUGCCACCUGUGAGGAGGUCCCUGAUGGCUUUGUCUGUGUGGCGGAAGCCACGUUCCUCGAGGGCCCUCCCGUCCCAUUCAGCGGACACAACGCCUCGUCGGGACACGAGUUCAGCGGCCUCUCGCUCGCCUUCCGCACACGCGACUCGGAGGCCGGACUGCUGCGGCGCCCCGCGGGCACCCUGGCCGCCGUCUGGCUGGCCGUCCACAACGGCUCGCUGGCGCUUCUCAAAGGCCUGGACCCUGGGAAGAUCCCCGGCCUGGGUUGGGUGGGGCUGGACAGCCCUGCGGCCACCUCAGACACCACGUGCCUGACUGAUACUAGGGACUAUAGGAGGUUGCCGGUCCUGCCAGAGGGGUGCCGCCUGAAUGUCACCUGCCCAUGUGAGGGUGGGCCUCAGGGUGCCAACUGCAGCUGCCAGGAGGGCUUUGCUGGCCAGAGGUGUCAGCUCUCCUGUGAAGCCAACCCCUGCCUGAAUGGGGGCACCUGCCGGGUGGCUGGUGGGGUGUACGACUGUGCCUGCAGCGCAAGGUUCUCGGGCCAGUUCUGUGAAGUGGUGAAGGACCUGCCGCUGCCACUGCCGUUCCCGCUGCUGGAGGUGGCAGUGCCUGCAGCCUGCGCCUGCCUCCUCCUCCUCCUCUUGGGCCUCCUCUCAGGGAUCCUGGCAGCCAGAAAGCGCCGCCAGUCAGAGGGCACCUACAGCCCGAGCCAGCAGGAGGUGGCCGGGGCCCGGCUGGAGAUGGACAGUGUCCUCAAGGUGCCGCCCGAGGAGAGACUCAUCUAGGCCUGGCUGCCAGCGCCAGCACCUACGAGGCCACGGACAGUUUCCAUCUGGAUACCCUAGGAGGCCGCUUCCAGGAGGCCUUUGGGACGUGGCUGCCCCUUCCAGGCCUUGGGAGCUGGUGUAGGGCCCAGCAUACCUGCUGGGAAGUGUCCCCUCUGCUGGCACCCCCUGCCUCUGUCCCACCGUGGACUGAGGAAAAGGGGGGCACUCAGGGCAGCAGAGAGGGCCUGGCAAGGCUGGACGAAUCCCUCGGACCCACCAGGCCUUGCCUCAGCAGAUAUGCAGCUGUGCAGGGCAGGGCACACGUGAUGCACAGGGUGUGUUCAGGAGUGUGUGUGUGUGUGUGUGUGUGUGCACGUGCACACACGGUAUGGGUGUGUACCUGGGGACUGUUGAUCUACAGAUAUGGGUGUGUGCUGGACUGGGCUCGUGGGCGUGUCCACGUCUUUGCUGUGUGUGCAGGUGACUGUAGUGGGUGCAGGCCAUCCCACGAGGGGACGGCUGGGCGGUUGGACCUUCACCGCUCGGGCAGGGG